AUCGUUUCUCCCUCCACCGUUCAACCUGCAGUGCCACACAUCUAGGCUCAUCUGCAGUUCCUCUCUAUCGCCCAAGCGCAUGUUCCAUCUAGUGAAUCUGUACCGUUAAUACUAGCACCAGUACAGGAGCUCUCGUCAUCUACUUGUGGCCGAGCUAUUUCAGUACCAACGGCGCCCUCUUUUUAAACUGCUUGUGACGCCCCCCACGGAAGCUCGAGUCUCGUGCAAUCUUCAGCGUUUCUCUCUCACAGUCACCUUGUGUCUCAUUCACUUAUUGCAAAGCAAUAUCGGCAGAACAAUGCUAUAGUGCUGAUAUUUCUGAAUGCUCUGCGUUGGAUAAUCAUCACCUUCAGUCGCAUCUUCGCACGGUCAAGGUCAAAUUGGAGUUCACAACUCACACCUCGCAUAGUCCAAUACAAGUAGCACUUGGUCACUCAGGCAAUAAUGGCCGCUCUUGUUUUUGCAUGUGUGUUUCUUAUUUUCGACGAGCUCCGUUCAUUCAAGCGGAAGAGAAAGGAGAAGAAGGCUCAAGAGAAAGAGCAUUUUGAAGAGAUGAGAGCAGAGAACGAGCGGAGAGUGCGACGCAUUUCUGGCCUGGAUAACAAUGACCACCUACCACCAAGUUAUGAGGAUGUUAUCCGCGCGGAUCCGCCGGUGCCAAAAGGCGUGAGUAACACAAGCGUUAUAGAACACGCGCAACCUGCACCGGUCCAGAUAUGACAAAAGACGCAAAAUGCCAAGAAUUAUGGCACCAAUGCGACGGCAGUGAUGGCGAAUGGUUCAUCUUCACUUGAAUUCAACCGGUUCAGCGAGCCUUGGCGAGCGGUCUUUAACGCUGGCGUCGAUCCACAAGGUGUAUAGGGGUUUUCUUUCGGAGUUGGGGCAUGGUGCUUUUAUUAUUCGUGUUUGCAAUUACUUCGAAAUGGCGCUUCGAAUAUGGUCUGGGCAAAGCGAACAUAGUGGCGUCGAUUUAUGCUUUUAGGAUCUCCAUCAACCAUAUCUCUCAAGUCUCGCGCGAAAUAGAUUCUCUAUGGGUUAAAACGAAACUUUUUUUUGGUAUCAUUGAAAAUAGCUGAUCCUGAAUGAUGUGAGGGCCUUGGUGUUUUGCGACACCUCUCUCUUCCGAUGCUCG